AUGAGCUCUGACACGUCAGCAAAGCUCUCGUACCACAUCGCAGCUUCCUUUACCGGAAAGGACCGCCCAUACGACCCCUCCACACACAUCUUCCACUUCAACCCCUACAACCGCAUCCAGCAGACUCGCAGCAACAAGAAAUCAAGGCCAGACAGCGGACACGAUGCCUUCUUCGUCAGUAGAGUAGGCGAAUCCGGCGCAGUAGCCCUGGGCGUGGCCGAUGGGGUUGGUGGUUGGGUUGACUCCGGAGUCGAUCCCGCCGACUUCUCCCAUGGGUUCUGCGACUACAUGGCCUCAACAGCCUACAGUCACGGCUCAGCAAAGAAUGACCCUACGACGAAGGGCACAAGCGAUAAGGAGACCCUGAGAGCACAGGCUCUGAUGCAGACCGGAUACCAAGCGAUAUGCGAGGACGAAACCGUCGCUGCCGGAGGAAGCACCGCCUGUGUUGCCGUAGCCUCGCCAGACGGAAAUCUCGACGUCGCGAACUUGGGCGACUCGGGCUUCAUCCAGCUCCGCCUGAACGCCGUACACACCUACUCUGAACCCCAGACGCACGCAUUCAACACACCUUACCAACUCUCCAUCGUCCCUCCCGCCGUUGCCGCCCGCAUGGCGGCCUUCGGCGGCGCCAACCUUUGCGAUUUUCCCGCCGACGCCGACGUCACCCAGCACAACCUUCGACAUGGCGACAUCAUCGUCUUCGCCACGGAUGGCGUGUGGGACAACCUCUUCAACCAGGACAUCCUCCGAAUCGUUAGCCACGUCAUGACAUCGACGGGCGCCUGGUUCAACAGCAAGAACGGGAUCCGCAUCGUCGACAACCUCAAGCCGUUUACGAAACCUUCAGAGGAUGCCACGGAGCGUCCGCCGUCCAAGUUCUUGACGCUUCAGAGUGUAUUGGCGGCCGAGAUCACUGCAGCCGCCAAGUCUGCCAGUCUCAAUCGGAAGGUGGACGGUCCCUUUGCCAAGGGCGUGCAGAAGUACUACCCCCAGGAGAACUGGCACGGCGGCAAGAUCGACGACAUAUGCGUCGUCGUCCUCAUCGCGUCGGAUGACUCCAAGGCUCUGUCCAAGAGCCGUCUUUGA